CUGACAUAAAGGUGUCAACUGGCAGCCAACAUGACAUGGAGAUCUUCUAACAGCAAGUAGCUGUUUUGCACUUUUAAGAAAAGAAGCUCUCUCCUUGUUUUAUCAUUUGCCAGGGCUCUUGAUGAGCAGAGAGCAUCAGGAAGAAAAACCAGCCACAACUCCCCUCAGGAUAAGUCUGGAAAAUCCAUGGCUCCUGGCCCAGAUCUUCAUGGAAACUAUCAGGAUCCAAAGAAGGAAAUGCAAUGCCACAUCAUGCCCCUUUCUCUCAGCUCCAAGAAUGUAUGGAUGGUGGUGCUCCUGAGUAGAAUCAGCUGGACAGUAGGAAGCAUAAGCUGUCCCAAGGAAUGUACAUGCCAAUAUCUAACUGUCAAUUGCACAGGGAAACUGCUGGAAAAGUUCCCAACUACAAUUCCACUGGAUACCAGGCAGCUGGUUCUGGCUCAAAACAAACUCAGCUCCUUGCCCUCACUAGAGUUGCAUGUUCUCAGUGACUUGGUUUACCUAGAUUGCAGCAGCAACACUUUAGGCAAGGACCUGGAUUUCACUUUUGUCAGUAUGAUCAAGCUUAUCUACUUAGACCUCAGCUUUAACAACCUCACACAGGUAACGUUUGGCACCUUUUCACAGCUCAGCAGUCUGAUGGUGCUAAAACUCUCAGACAAUCCCAGCCUGGUGGAGAUUGAGAAGGAUUCUUUUGCUAACAAUACCUGGUUGAGGCAUCUAGAUGUGAGCCGCUGCAGCUUGAUGUUCAUUGAUACAAGUACGAUCAGGGACUUGCCUAAUCUGAGAAGCCUGGGCUUAGGUGAGAAUCCCUGGUUCUGCAAUUGCUCCUUCAUGGAACUCUGUAGCUGGUUAAAAGAGAGUGGCAUAACUAUCCUAGACCCAGCCAAUGUCACCUGCUACAGCCCUGUAUUUAUGCAUGGCUUGAAAAUGCUGGAAGAGGUGCAGGAAGAACUCUACUACAAGUGCUACAUUCAUUUCAGCAAUCAAGACUAUCUCUUUUUUGGGUUAGUUGGCUUUGGUAUAUUUUCUGCUGGCACUGUGUUGGCCUGGCUGAUGGGAGUAUGUGCAGUGAUAUAUGAGUACUUAACUGCCAGUGGAGAAGAUGAUAAGCAGGAAGAGGAAACAGAGAACUAGAAUGACUUGUAUCUAUGCAUAACCAAUGGAGCCUGAUUUAUGUUUAUUGUAAGUAUCUCCUAGGCCAUUCACUAAGCUUGCAGUAAUUAUAAAGCAAACAGUGGGACUUUCCUAUCAGUAGAAAAACAUAAACAGAUUAUACUGAAGCUGUAAUUGUUAGCAAAACUCUACUGAAGUAGAUCCCAUUCAAUAGAGUUAAGGGUUUUUUAUUUUAAUUUACAUAUUUUAUUCUAUUGUAAAAGAUGGUUCAGAAUAAAAGUCAAAACAAUUAAAAAUAAAUAUUACACUUUCACAUAAAACCUCAUAAACUGUAUUUCACAUAAAUAUCACAGUUAUAAACCAAUAAUUAUCAUUAUCAUUUCAGUGCUACAGUAAUGAUGGAAAAUCCAUCUUGAGAAAAGGCACUGCACUUUUAUCUAGGCAUUUUCAUAUUUAUAGUUCUGCUUCUAAAAAGCCCCCAGUGCAGAAAUGUUAUCUGGUCUAAGAAUUACACUAUGGAAUAAAUGUCAGUUUGAAAGAUUCCAAGAAUGGGAUUAUGUUUGUUACCUCCACCAGACCGAUCAGAUCGCAUAGAUUAGGCCUCCUCCGAAUUCCAUCAA